CAUGCUGGCAGUGAUGCUGAACAUCUCCGUCUUCUUUCCCAGCCGACCAAGAAAGAACCUCCCGAUAUUUGGCAGCAGCAUCGAAGAGUAGAUUUCAUAUUUCAUUUAUAUUUCAUCAUCGCAUUAUUGCGAUUAUUGAUUAUUCCACGAGGAUGGCGUCCAAACACGUCGGCGUCUUCUUUCAUCUUCUGCUCUUCUCAUAUCAAACCUCCGCUUUUCCAACACCGACACCAUCCGGCGAGGAUCUAUUCUUGUAUGAUGGACUGCUGACAGGAGAAAGAUUACCUGAAGAGCAGAUUGCUGAAGCAGACAAUGUGAAAGCUGCAGUGCAGUUGGCUGAGAGGAAGCAGGAGGACCAGGAUGAGGUUGUGGUCCUCAACCAGAAGGUGAAGGACCAGGAUGAGGUUGUGGUCCCCAGCCAGAAGGUGAAGGACCAGGAUGAGGUUGUGGUCCCCAGCCAGAAGGUGAAGGACCAGGAUGAGGACCAGGAUGAUGAGGUUGUGGUCCACAGCCAGAAGGUGAAGGGGGUGAAGCACCACUUUGUUCCAGAUGACUCCGAUUCCACCAAAAGUAGACGUCUGGCGCAGGACUACGAUUCUACCAAGAACGCCAUGGAACAUGAUGAGCCGGAGACGUUCCGUCAGGUUGAUGGUUCAACGCUGACCUCGGAGGACAUCGUCCAGAAGAUGGCCAACAAGAUCUACCAGGAGGAUGACCGAGGAGUCUUUGACAGGAUCGUUUCCAAGCUGCUCAAACUUGGCCUGAUAACAGAAAGCCAAGCAGACACUUUGGAGUACCAAGUAGCGGAGGCUCUGCAGGAUCUCAUCACCAAAAAUGCCCAAAAGAAGGAGGUUGAAGGAAGCAAGGAGGAGAUCAGAGAGGUGAAGGACAAGCAGGAACAGGAUCAAUGGAAGUCCAGUGAGGAGGAGGAGGAGGAGGAGAAGGAGGAGAAGAAGGAGGAGAAGAAGGUGAUGGAUGAGGUGGACAGGGAUGCAGAAGAUGAGAUUGAAGACAAGGUGUGGGACAAAGAAGACAGAGAAGAUGAGACUGAAGACGACAAAGAAGACAGAGAAGACAAGAAAGAAGACAAUGAAGUCCACCCAGAGGAUGGUCUUCAGGACCUGCAGUACUUCCCCAACUUCUACCGCCUGCUCAGGAGCCUCCAUUCAGAUGAAGAUGCUGAGGAGAGAGAGACUCUGAUCACCAUCAUGAAGACGCUGAUAGACUUUGUCAAGAUGAUGGUCAAGUACGGCACCAUCACACCUGAAGAGGGCGUGGCCUAUCUGGAGAAUCUGGACGCCAUGAUCGCCAUGCAGACUAAGAACAAGUUGGGAAAGUCUCUGGGACUUCAGGACUUUGCAGUUGGAAAGAAUUUGGACGAGGAUGACAACACCAAGGCCGAGGCUUCCAAGAUGCAGAAGGAGUAUGAGAACCUGGAGGACUCCACCAAGGAGGAUCAGCCACCUACAAGUCAUACCAACGGGCCUGGCAAGUCGCAGACCUACUUGGAGGCCAUCAGGAAGAACAUUGAAUGGCUGAAGAAGCACAACAAGGAAGAAGGCAAAGAAGACUAUGACUUGUCCAAACUGAAGGACUUCAUGGACCAGCAAGUGGACUCUUACAUUGACAAGGGAAUCAUCGCCAAGGACGAGGGAGACACCAUCAAGAGAAUCUACAGCAGCCUGUGACCUCCUCCUCCAUCCCUAGAACCGUGACAUAAUCCCUAUCCCUAGGACAGUGACCUCCUCCUCCAUCCCACAACUGUGACAUAAUCCCUAUCCCUAGAACCGUGACCUCCUCCUCCAUCCCUACAACCGUAACAUAAUGCCUGUCCCUAGAAUGGUGACCUCAUCCUCCAUCCCUACUACCGUGACAUAAUCCCUAUCCUUAGAACCGAGUCCUCAUCCUCAUCUCUAGAACUGUGACCUCAUCCUCCAUCCCUAGUACCGUGACCUCAUCCUCCAUACCUAGAACGUGACCUCAUCCUCCAUCCCUAGAAGCGUGACCUCAUCCUCCAUCCCUAGAACCGUGACCUCAUCCUCCAUCCCUAGAACGUGACUUCAUCCUCCAGCCCUAGAACCGUGACCUCAUACGCCAUCCCUAGUACCGUGACCUCAUCCUCCAUACCUAGAACGUGACCUCAUACUCCAUCACUAGAACCGUGACCUCAUCCUCCAUCCCUAGGCCAGUGACCUCAUUCUCCAUUCCUAGAACCGUGACCUCAUCCUCCAUCCCUGGAGCGUGAGCUCAUUCUCCAUCACUAGAACCGUGACCUCAUCCUCCAUCCCUAGAACCGUGACCUCAUCCUCUAUCCCAAGAACUGUGACAUCAUCCCUAUCCUUAUAUCCAUGACCUCAUCUUCCAUCCCUAAAACCAUGACCUCAUUCUCCAUCCCCAGAACCGUGACCUCAUCCUCCAUCCCUAGAACCGUGACAUAAUCCCUAUCCCUCGUACGUGACCUCAUCCUUCAUCCUGAGAACCGUGACAUCAUCCCUAUCCUCAGAUCCGUGACCUCAUCCUCCAUCCCAAGUACCAUGACAUCAUCCCUAUCCUUACAACGUGACAUCAUCUUCAUCCCGAGAACGUACCUUCUCCUCCAUCCCUAGAACCGUGACCUCUUUCUCUAUCCCUAGAACCGUGACGUCAUCCUCCAUCCCUAGAAUCCCCUCUUCUUCUAUCCCUAGAAUCUACUCCUCCUCUAGCCCUUGAAACUGACCUCAUCCUCCAUCCCUAGAAUCCCCUCCUUCUCUAUCCCUGGACCCUGACCUCAUCCUCCAUCCCUAAAAUCCCCUCCUCCUCUAGCCCUUGAACCUGACCUCAUCCUCCAUCCCUAGAACCGUGACAUAAUCCCUAUCCCUAGUACGUGACCUCAUCCUUCAUCCUGAGAACCGUGACAUCAUCCCUAUCCUCAGAUCCGUGACCUCAUCCUCCGUCCCAAGUACCAUGACAUCAUCCCUAUCCUUACAACGUGACAUCAUCUUCAUCCCGAGAACGUACCUUCCCCUCCAUCCCUAGUACCGUGACCUCUUUCUCUAUCCCUAGAACCGUGACGUCAUCCUCCAUCCCUAGAAUCCCCUCCUCUUCUAUCCCUAGAAUCCACUCCUCCUCUAGCCCUUGAAACUGACCUCAUCCUCCAUCCCUAGAAUCCCCUCCUUCUCUAUCCCUAGACCCUGAUCUCAUCUUCCAUCCCUAAAAUCCCCUCCUCCUCUAGCCCUUGAACCUGACCUCAUCCUCCAUCCCAAGAACGCAACCUCCUCCUCUAGCCGUUUAACCUGACGUCAUCCUCCAUCCCUAAAAUCCCCACCUCCUCUAGCCCUUGAACCGGACCUCAUCCUCCAUCCCUAGAACGUUCUUCUCAAGGGUUGAAGAAAGCUCCUAACGAGGCAGUAAAAUGAUUCCAAUUUGCACAAGUUGUAUAUUUUUGAAACACAUCCAUCAAAUUGUAUCAUCCCGUGUAAACAAACAUAUCUUACAUUUUGUGUCUUUGAAAGUCCUUAUUUCUUCCCCAAAACAUCUUUGUGAUGACACGCUCGCGUAUUUACUGGACUGUAAUUAAACCUUCGUUAAGUUGAACAUUCCCAUCUGGCUCAGCGGGAGAUGAGCUUUUUCUAAAUGUAAAUAUGUCUUGGAAACCAUUAAAAGAUUGCAUUUUC